AUGGAUCGGGAAGGGGGGAUCCCGGUUUUCCAGCGCUUCCAGCGGAAACCGUCGGGAAAAGCCACCCCUCGGUUAAAGCGGUGCGGGAGAGGAGCGGUGGUGGCGGUGGCGGUCCCGGUGGCGGUGGAGGAGCGGUCGGAGCGGAGCUCCAGGCGUGGGAAGAGCAGCCGGAAAGUGCCCCAUGGAGAAGGCCCCGGGGGUGUUGGUCACCGGCGGCUGCAGCGUCCGGAGAAGGGCCCGGAGCUGGAGAAGGGUCGAGUCUUGGACGCCACCACUGACUUAUCCGACCUCACAGCACCGACCGUCUCCUCCGGGCAAGUCCCAGGCCCCGAAAGGCCCACCAUGGAACACCAAGGCUCCACCAGCGUGAACCAACUGGGAGGGCUCUUCGUCAACGGCCGCCCACUCCCCACCUGCAAGAGGAAGAAGAUCAUCCAGUUGGCCAUGUGCGGCGUCCGGACCUCCGACAUCUCCCGCAGCCUCAAGGUGUCCAACGGUUGCGUCAGCAAAAUCCUGGGACGUUACUACCGGACGGGAGCCGUGGAGCCCAAAGCCAUCGGGGGCAGCAAACCCCGCGCGGCCACGGCCGAGGUGGUGGCCAGGAUCUCCCAGCUGAAGCGGGAGAAGCCCUCCAUCUUCGCUUGGGAGAUCCGUCAGCAGCUGCACCUCGAGGGCAUCUGCACCAACACCAGGACCCUCAGCGUCUCCUCCAUCAACCGAGUGUUGAGGACCCUUCCCGGCGACCCACGGAUGGUGGUGGAGAUGGGAUUUGCCGAGGACCCACUGCUAUGGGUGUCCCCUCUCAGCCGCUGCUCUCCGGCCGAAGCCGGUGCCGUCUCCUCGCCGGGGACUCAGGACCCUCCUCGAGGAUCUGCAUCCGUGCGGCAGCUCCCGCCGGACACCCGGCACAGGAACAGGACCGUCUUCUCCAGGCGGCAGUCGGAAGCUUUGGAGAAAGAGUUCCAGAGGGGACAAUAUCCCGACAGCGCCACCCGGGAGAGCCUGGCCAAGGCCACCCAGCUGCCCCACGCCACCAUCAGGGUCUGGUUCUCCAACCGGAGGGCCAAAUGGAGACGGGAGGCCAAGCGGAAGCUGGAGGCCGGUGGGGCAGGUGAGAAGCCAAGGGUGGAGGAGAUGGGACGCGGGAUCUGAGGGCCACGGAGGACACUGCGGUCCUGGGCCACCGCGGGAGGGGAUGGAACGUGGGGCUCCGGGAAUGCUGGGAAGGGGCUUCUCCCAAGCGUGGAGGGGUGGUGGCUUUGGACUGGAAGGGAGAAGAUUCAGAUGGGACAUUGGGAGGUACUUCUUCACCACGAGGUUGGGAGACCCUGGAAGAGGUGGCCCAGAGAAGC